UAAAAAUCACUUGUAGACCUAAAACUUAGUUGUAGUGAGUAACCUAACUGUGCAGUGUUGAUAUUGUGCACGUAGUUGGAAUGCAUUGUCAGUGAGACGCGAGGAGUGAAAAAAGCACGUUUCGUCGUGAUUUAGCGCUAGUCAGUGUUACAUUCACAUGACAAGGGAAGGCCGGGUGAAGCACGUUAUCGAUAUUGUGGCCUUAGCAUAAGUCACACUGUUAGAAAUUCAUAUUACCCUUCACCGGCGCAAUGUCCACCGUGGCUAGAAGUGAUGACGCAAAUGUUUCUCUGCCAGAGGAACGGGGUAUCCCCCUCAAUAUUCUCCGGCAUGAUUCAGAAGCGAAAGAUGGAAAGGCUGUGAGGUUUGCGGAUCCGAAUAUCGGCCAAGCAAUGGAGAACGCCAACAUGAAACACGCUGUCAAAGAAAACGAGGGCAAUAGGCCUUUCAAAGAAAACGAUGCAUCCUCGGACUAUUCCGGGGGGGACGAUUCUCUCGAAACUAGGGCGUCAAUUAAGAGGCUGGAGUUCAAGAGGACACGAGCCAACUCUUACCGUCGGUCGCUGCAGUACAUCGACGACACACCGGAUAGUCAGGCCGAGGAGGACAUCGAUGCGUUCUCCCCUCAGACAGUAGGGAAGCUUGUCAGCGGCUCGGUGAGGAUAUCAGAAGCAAAACUGAAGGAAAGAGAAGAGAGUAGAGACGAUGAUAAGGAAGAGGGCGAACUAGCAGUGCCUGGGGGCGGCGGCAAGUCCCGGCGCCGAUACAGGAGCAGGUCGCUGUCCCAGUCUUCCACGGACUCUUACUCCACCUAUUCUUCCUACACGGGCUCCAGCAGCGAUGAGGACGAGCAGUCCCCGCGGGAGAAGUCGCAGAAGACCUCCAAGGGCUCGACCGACUUCUGCGUCAAGAACAUCUCCCAGGCCGCGUUCGGGCGCAGGGAGAUCGAGAUCGCCGAGCAGGAAAUGCCCGGCAUCAUCGCCCUCCGGAAACGAGCCAUGGACGACAAGCCCCUAAAAGGAGCCAAGAUUGUGGGUUGCACUCACAUCAAUGCCCAAACUGCUGUCCUGAUUGAGACUCUGGUGGAACUUGGAGCCACUGUGCGGUGGUCGGCAUGCAACAUUUUCUCCACUCAGAAUGAAGUGGCUGCAGCCUUAGCUGAAGCAGGCCAUCCUGUCUUUGCCUGGCGUGGGGAGAGUGAGGAGGACUUCUGGUGGUGCAUUGACAAAUGCAUCAAUGCUGAGAACUGGCAGCCAAACAUGAUCUUGGAUGAUGGAGGAGAUGCAACUCACCUUAUGCUCAAGAAGUACCCGGCCAUGUUCAAGAUGAUCAAGGGUAUCUGUGAGGAGAGUGUGACUGGUGUUCAUCGGCUGUACCAGCUCAGCAAGGCAGGGAAACUGACAGUGCCAGCCAUGAAUGUUAAUGACUCAGUCACCAAGACCAUGUUUGAUAACCUUUACUCUUGUAGGGAAUCAAUCAUUGACAGCUUGAAGCGUGCCACUGAUGUGAUGUUUGGUGGCAAGCAAGUGGUUGUCUGUGGGUACGGAGAAGUUGGAAAGGGCUGCUGCCAAGCCCUUAAGGGUCUCGGCUGCACUGUUUACGUCACAGAAAUUGAUCCUGUGUGUGCCCUCCAGGGAUGCAUGGAUGGUUUCCGAGUAGUGAAGCUGUCUGAAGUGAUCCGCCAGGUAGACAUCCUGGUGACUGCAACAGGCAACAAGAAUGUGGUGACCCGGGACCACAUGGACAAGAUGAAGAAUGGAGCCAUUGUUUGCAACAUGGGUCAUUCUAAUACAGAGAUUGAUGUGGAAUCACUCAACACACCAGAACUCGUUCACGAAAAUCGUUUAGAGAGGAAAUCGGAAUUAAACUCCCUUAGAACUCCAGACCUGACUUGGGAGAAGGUGCGUUCUCAGGUCGAUCACAUCCUGUGGCCCGAUGGCAAGAGAAUCAUCCUCUUGGCUGAAGGAAGGCUCGUUAACCUGUCUUGCUCAUCUGUUCCCUCAUUUGUUGUAUCCAUCACCUCAUGCACUCAGGCCCUGGCUUUGAUUGAGUUGUUCAAUGCUCCUGCUGGCCGUUAUAAGUCUGAUGUUUAUCUUCUCCCCAAGAAGAUGGAUGAAUAUGUGGCCAGCCUCCAUCUUCCCACAUUUGAUGCUCAUCUCACAGAGCUCAGCGAUGAACAGGCCAAGUAUAUGGGCUUAAACAAGGCUGGACCUUUCAAGCCUAAUUACUACAGGUACUAAGUGAUAAAUUGGCUGAGGUACAAGAGAUUGCAAUCUACUUGGACUGUAUGACAGGGUCAGAGAUAUUGAGUCCACAUAAUAAUUUUUCAUACAUACUUUUGUUGUUAAAUCAAGAACUGGUUGUAAUAUAGUAUCAUAUUGUUCCCAUUGUCUCAGACUUUGUCCAUAUAAUAAGUUUAUAUUCUGAAUUGUCAUCUCAAUAGAAAAAAAAAUGUUUGCUGCAUCUACAGCAAAAGCCUUUGUACCUGUUAGCAAACAAAGUAUGAACAAAUGUACAUGUCCGUUAAAGAGCCAAUAGUAGUACCUGAAAACAGUAACUGCCAAUCAUCUCAGAGUUGUGUUGAGGUACUAAGAUGAUAUUUCAGAAUGUGAAUGUAAUGUCCAGUAAUGUAAGUAGCUUCCUAUUGACCAUCACAGUAGCAGGUGAACCAUAUUUGAAAGUACAUAUCUGUUCAAUCUCUGUUGUUUAUUAUGGAAAUGGUGGUGAGGUUCUGAUUACUGUAUAAUUAUUAUUGAGAUUUACUUCUUUGGAAGAUUGUUAUCUACAGUGAAAUUGCUUGGACUCUCAAUUUGAUUUGUGUUAUUGUAAUGUGUAAGUAAUUAUUAAUAUAUACCUAUCACAAUUUUAAUUUAAUAAAGAAGGUUCUGCCAUUAUUGAAAACAAA